AUGUCGCUGAUAAACAUCAUGGAGUCGGCGCCCGUGCGCGGCUUGCAUUCCCUCCGCAGCCUGGUGCAGUCGCCUCUCUUCUCCGGCCCUCUGCUCGCCGCCCUUCACUACGCCCCCGACCACCUCAGGCAGCAGCUCGCCAGCCUCCUCCCCUCGCCCUUGAGCCUCGACGCCGCCGAAAAAUGCCUCCAGGUCCUGCUCGGCCUGGGCGUCCUCAAGCUCGUCAACCAGGGGCUCAGCUCCAUGGCCGCCAACGCCUGGCGCAUCGGCCCCUCGCCCGGCUGGGACUGGCCCGGCGAGAUCGCCCUCGUCACCGGAGGGUGCAGCGGCAUAGGCUACUGCGUCGUCAACCGCCUCGUCGCCCGCAAAGUCAGGGUCGUCGUCCUCGACAUCCAGGACCCCCCCGCCGACUUUGCCUCCAGCCCGCUCGUCCGCUUCUACCGAUGCGACAUCACCAGCCCUGACGCCGUGGCCAAGGUCGCCGACGCCGUCCGCAGCGAGGUGGGCCAUCCCUCCAUCCUCAUCAACAACGCCGGCAUCACCCGUCCCAUGCCCAUCCUCGAGAUGCCCCACGACUUUCUGCAGAAAAUCUUUGCCGUCAACUGCAUGUCGCACUGGACCCUGGUCCAGCAAUUCCUCCCGCACAUGGUCAAGGUCAACAAGGGCCACAUCGUGACCGUGGCCAGCAUCGCUUCCUUUGUGGCCCUGCCCCGGGGGGCCGACUACUCGGCUACCAAGGCUGCCGCGCUUUCCUUCCACGAGUCCCUGACGAUUGAGCUGCAGCACAUUUACAAGGCCGACAACGUCUUGACGUCGGUCGUGCACCCCAACUUUGUGAGGACGCCGCUCAUACAGGACUUUGGUCAGCAGCUCGAGGCGGGCGGUGUCAGGAUGCUGACCCCGGAUGGUGUGGCCGGCGCUAUUACCGAUCAAAUCUUCCGCAAGAAGGGUGCCCAAAUCAUUAUCCCCCAGCACCAGGCUGCCAUUUCUGGAAUCAGGGGCUGGCCCACAUGGUUGCAGAUGUUUCUCCGCAACCAGCUCGGUUUACAAUCUCUAAACCUGAACAGUUGA